UAAUUAUACACUAACUGGGUAGCCGUCGUCCACGUCCACUAUACUAGCGCAUAGCAUGCACUGUGGAGAGGAGAGCUAGAGCUGUGGAUGCUAGUAAUGAGAGAGUUGUGAUAUGGCUGGUGUAUUCAACAAGUUUGUUCACCCGGGCACUGUCAAGCAAGGCUACCUAGUCAAGUCUCCCCCACUGGACAAGAAGCUCAAGCUGGAUGGCUGGCGAAAGAGGUGGUGUGUGUUCACUAUCAUUGAGGGGGACCCCUCUCUCGACUAUUACAAGGACGAGGAACAGGCCUUCAAUUCCCUACCCAUUAAGAGAAUUUCUCUGCUCAACUGUUACCAGGUCAUCUCUGACAUGACCCACAAACAAAAGAAGCACAUCUUUGCCCUUCACCUGCCAAAGAGAGUCUACUACUUCUCAGCACCUUCCCAUGUUGAGAUGCUUGAUUGGGUGGACGCUUUUUGUACCAACUUGAAGUUGAGUCACACUGACGGCGGUACAAUGCCUGGCACACCUCCUGCCAGCAAACUUAUGCUCGAUAAUAGAUCAGCUACCAUGCCUGCUGCACAUAGCCUCUCUGCUACCUCCCCUAUUGUACUACCCAGAUCACGUACCCCCGAUUCCCCGCUACCCCCAAUCCCAAGAUCCCCCGAUAUCCUCAUCCGCCCUCCUCCACCGGGUUUCCCCAUACCUCCCACUCCCCUGGACGUAUCCAGUACCAACUCAUACCCAAAUGUCUCUCCACGUUCGUCCCCCCUACCGAGAACACGAUCGAUACACUCCUUGACGGGGGGUAAGGAAAACGGAGUCUUGUCUGAGGGGGCAAAGAUUUCUAUUUCAAUCAACCCCCCACCCGCUCUCCCCCCGCACAGAAAGAAUGCCAAGAGCUCAUCAGAUGAAGAAGAAGAUGAUGAUGAUGAUGAUGAGCCGCUGUCACCCCCCACACCCCCACCUAGACGACUCUCCCCCAUCCCCAUGUCCUCUCCUCCCAUAGCUCUGGGUUUUGAUAUGGAUGGGGAUUCCCCCCCUGCCCCACCCCCUCGAAUUGUCGGAGGUAGUCCACUGCAUAGUGUCACAUGACAUGUAGUUAGAAGUAGAUUGUGUGUUUUUGUUUUCGUGUCAUUUUGCAUUUUGUGUGCUUGUAUACAAUUAUAAUAAUAGCACCACGGUGCUAACUGCCUUUGGGCAUAUUUUGUUUUACUCAUGAAAUAUUAAAUACAUAUUACAAUCUUCGA